AUGCUCCCUGACUUUCUGAUCGGCAGCUACCGCCAGUACAAGCAGGACGAGAAAUACCUGACCAAGUGGCUUUGUGCCACAGCGCGAUCGUACGGCUACAUAUCGGAGGCGCUUCCUAAAAACGUUGAUAUACCAGAACAGGCGACCAAGACAAAGAAGAAGGCAAAGUACAAGACUAAGAAGCAGCAAAGAGACGCCGCCAGACGAAUCCCUAAGGAGCAACGAGUCUUCACGAUCGCUAUAGCUGAGUUCGUGCCUCUGGCUCAAUACAUUACUGAUCAUAUCGAACCUCCUUCCAAGGUCCCUUCGACUAUCUUCACUGUCAUAACCCGAUCCAUCGAGGCCCGAAGAUCGACAAAUUCCUGGUUUGAGAGUGACAGCACCGAAGCUGAAGAGGUCGAAGGUGGUCAUGCUUAUUUUAUCAGUGUCCUCCAAAAAGUUCACGACCUGCUUCAGCCUUACGCAAAAAUGGUUGAGAAGAUCGAUGAAGAGGAUGAGACAACACUUGUCGAAGAUGGGUUUGAUAUACUAUCCCUUGAGGAGCCUUCGGAAGAAUUUCUCAAAUCCACUGGAGUCAAGUCAACGACAGCAGACGAAGCACAAGCUUCUCGAAUGGCAUACGAAGUGAUGGGCUUUUUCAAAGGCAAACUGGAGCAGAAGCUGGAAGAGUCGCUGGCCGCCUCUGCCCUCUUUCGAGAUAUCCACAAAAUCCUAGACCAUGCCAAGCGGGUUUGGCAUCAAUACAGCAAGCGUGGAAUAGACAUCGUGGCAGCCUCUCUCACCUCAAAUCUCGCGUUGGACAUUAUCCGACGUCUGGAAGAGGAUUUUUUCGAGCAGUUUCCCAAAUUUCGCAAGGUUGAUCAGGCUUACCGAGACGCAUUCAAGAAGAAGUUACGGGAAGAGAACAUCCAGUAUCAAGAGAUCUGUCACAGGAAGGGAAAAGCAGGCCCCAAUGAUGCACAGCAACUGAUAAACUGGAUGUUCAGGGCCAAGUGCAAUGCCGCCGGAAUUGCUUAUUGGUCCACCAAGGACGACGACGACGAAGAAUCCCUCCAAGCACAAUUUAACAUGGAUGCGUAUGAUACAGCCAAGCAUCUUUUCAUGGACAUGCAAUCCAUCUUUGCGAAGUUCAUCCAGUUCAGUGGAGGUAUGGAGCGAGUUGUGUAUUCCCCAGUAACAGGACCCGGCCGCUGGGACGUGACUGCUGUGCCUUCCUCGAUGACGAAUGAGGAGAACUAUCAGCAGGAUGCGAAGAUCCUUCUAGAAAUGAUUCCUGAUCUUGUAUGGCUAUCUACAUCCAAAACCCGGAAGCUGGCCGAGGAUGAGCUGAUGAAAGGAUGUAGAGAGGCAGCUGGUGGUGAGAUACAUAUUUGGACCUUAGCUGCAGCCAGACUCUAUUGUGAUAUCCAUUAUAUGCUCGGCGCCGACAUCGAGAAAUCCUUUGAAGCUCUCCAGCAGCUUGGAGGAGACGUUAAGACUACAGUCGCCCAAGGUAUUGCCAAUCGCGAGCAAGGAAUAUCUCGUCUGUGGUCACCCGAAAAUGAUGAUUAUCUCAAGGAGAAUCUCAUCGAUCUCAUUGAGGCCUGGCUGUUUGAAGACGAGUGGAGGAAAGACGCUAGGGAAAUGGCGGCUGGAGAGCCUUUCAUUGACGAAGACCAUCACCUUCUGCGACGUCACCCCUGGUUGUGUGGCCUCAUCCGUUUCACGAUCUUGGCUCGGCUUCAAGAGUUUGGUACCUCAAGCCUUGACAAUGCUGGCGUCAGCGUUGCCCAUCUUUACAACCUCAUGCAACGCGACAAGGAUUGCGCUUUUGUCUGGAGCGACAUGGAAUUUGUGGUCGACACACUGUCAUGCGAGCAGCUGUUUGUCGGUGGCAAGCCCAACACAUUUGAAGAGGCAUUCAAGCGGCUCUCCAUACACAAGGGGUUCUCUGUUACACAAUUUGCAGCAAAUCGACGCUCUCCAGGGUAUGUUCGUUCGAAGAAAGGUCGACGUCAUCUGCAUCCCGCUGGAGAACUGAUUCACGUACUAAGAUCCCGUCAUUACUACGAAUUCGAUCGCGAGACAGAUAAGAAAGCUACUCUACAAACACUGGAAAACGUUGAACAGGUUUUAGACACGAAAUACCAGCUGAUUCACCAGGACAACAGAGUCACUAUUGAGGUGCGAGAUGUCCAACAGGUUCAAGAACGGACAAACAAGGCAUCCUAUCAGAAGGCCAAACAUUCACCACUGGACCUGCUGAUGAUGUUCCAGUUUGGAAUAUCUCGAGAGAUUGCGCAUUUCGAGUUCGACUAUCUUGCUUUCUGUGGUACAUGCUGGGACAUUCUUCGAGAUCUGUACAUCGCGAUGCAGCCGAUUCACAACUGCGAGUCAAAUGUGUUGGCCGAAACCGAGCUGCAAUCUAAUAUGGCACAGUGGCCUCACAUGGUUGACGUGCUGUUCAUGUUGUCGCUACCAGUCCAGACCAUAGCCUCGUUGGUUCCAAGAUCCCAAUUCGACAGCAUGGUCCGAGGGGUACAUGACAAACCCUCCAAUCCAUGUCAAGCAGUCAAUCCUCGUCCUUUCUUGUGUCGUCUUCGAAAAAUGCUUGACAAGAAGCUUCAGGAUGGCCAAUUGGGCUCCAACAAAAGAGCAACCAUACGACAGAAGCUGGAGGUCAAGAACAUUACCUACGAGCUCUCAUCCGAAGAUGACAAGGCCAGCAAGGUUACGUUCAAGAAGGACAAGGCCACACUUCACAGAUCGACGUUGUGCACCAAAGAAUACUGUAUGUGUGGACGAGACGCUCGUACUAUGCAAGCUUGGGCGACAAAGCCAGAAAUGAUGAAACCAGUGGUGGUGGAGAUGCUCACACUGAUUAAGAAGGCGAAGGCUGAAAAUACAGCCCGGUAG